CUCCUCUAUAUAAGUUAGAGCUGAUUUAGCUCUGAAUUAGUGACAAGAUUUGAGUGACAGUGAGCAGGGUUGAGUGACUUCCAGAAGAAACAAAAUUUUUCCAAAAAUGAGGAGUUUCAUUAUCAUCGUGGUGCUGUCAGCACUCGCAGCCUGCUAUGGUGCUGCUGUUCUCCCGGGCGAGGCGAACAUGUUCUCAUCUUUCAUUCAAGAGCAAAUGUUAGAUGGUUGGACCGUGGAGAAUAAUGAAGAAGACGCGGCCCAGAACAGAGUCACAAUGAGUAAAGGAGAAGCUAGGGACGAUCUUAUAUUUUUAUUUGAACGAGCAUGCUACGUACCAGCCACACCGAACGACGUUGGGCGCUUCGACGUAGUAUACUAUGGUGAACCUAAUGUCAGCAUCAGGCGUUUCUCGAUAUCCUUUACCUGGCCAGUACCUGCUCACAUCUAUAUUAGUGGACUAUUAAGUAAUGUUGGUCGUGUAAGACUAACAUCCCAUAUAGGUGAAAGACUUCAGGCAGUUGUCAGAAUAUAUGGUUUAAUAAUUGAGGAUAACAAUGAAUCAUAAGUUUUGAGAUCAUUCAUUGUUAAACGACUUUAAUCUCAUGUUGCUUGCAUUCCAUUCUCAGAAACACUGGUAUCCGAAAAAUAAAUGUUUUUAGAAAAAA